AUGUCUCCUAAUAACUCCAAAAAGGACGAGUCUAAACAAGAUACUAAACCACAAGUCACUUCAGAGACCAAUUCGCAAACAACCGAAGGAACAACCAGUUCUGAAAAUGGUGCUCCUCUGGUUCAACAGCAGCAAACUAUCAUGGAUUUAUUUAGAAACGCUUUAAAUCCUAAUGGCGAAUAUCCUCAAGUUGAUGAAUAUCUUACAAGUACAUUUAGCUAUGUUCAAAAUGUAUUCAACAAGAUGCAGACUGCUGAAGACAAGGAUGCAACAGCUAAAGAAAUUGCUGAGGAUUUAACUGAUCGGUUUGACAAGUGGAUGUCAGAGCAACAGAAUAAGAACAAGAACUCAAAUAAGCAAGAUGAUUCGGGAAAAGAUGAGAAAUCAGACGAGCCUUUAAAGGUAGAAGAAGUAGAUUAA